AUUAGUCCUAAGUAGUAUACUUUUUAGGGGUUAUAUAUAGAAAACAAAUGUUAUCAUAAAGUACAUUUUUCGUUUACGAACAUUACCGUUCGGUUGGAUAGACAGAAAUCCAGUAUGUAUCUGUCCCUUCAGUUGGUAAUCAGUGUUCUAGGAUUGGCCCUAGCAGACGACGUUUGGAACUUUGGUGACUGGGAUGAUGAUUACUCAUACACCGGGUACCAGCCAACUGGUUUACUACAGGGAGGUAGCCAAAGUAUCAUGAGAUAUCCAACUUACCGGAGAUAUAGAGGAAGUCUCGGGGGAUCAACGGGAGUUCGAGGCGGAAGUCUAGGGAGCUCAUCGGCAGUUCGAGGAAGUCUAGGAGGAUCGUCAGGCUUUCAAGGAAAUCUUGGAUCCACCGGAAUCUCAUACAAUACUGGGUAUAAUAGAAAUAAAGGAUACGGUUCCUCUGGUACAAGUUAUAGCGGAAGCCGAGGUUAUGGCACAUAUGGUAACAACUAUGGCAGUGGAAUGAUAACGACUGGAUCCUUGAGUACAUCGAUACGACCAAUAGGGAGAUCGAGGUAUCAUUCGAGAAGUUCCUCCAUUAUUCAACCACGAGGCAGUAUUGGAAACAAUUUUGGAAUUAGGUCACGCAAUGACGACGACGACGACGAUUUUGAUGAUAUCAACAUUGGAGUUCUUGGUCCUUCUGUUGCUAGGGGAAGAACCGGAAGUCGAUCUGUUCGACCAACAAUUGUUCGACCAACAGUUGUUCGACCAACAAUUAAGAAUUAUCCAAGACAAUCUGCUAUUAGACCUAUAAUAAACAAUAUUGCGUCACCGAUCAAUAUUAGAAGGUCAUUUGAUAACGACGAAGAUGACAUAAACAGAGGAGUUCUUGGGCCUGCUGUUGUAAGAAACGGAGGAAGUAGAGCUUCCGUACGGCCAAUCGCCAAAACAACUUAUCACCGGAAGCUAGCCUCUGUCCGAACCACUGGUAGUGCAGGAGUGGCUACGUCUCCAUUAAGAACAUCUUUCGACGACAAUAACGAUGACUUUGAUGACGUAAAUGGUAUUCUAGGCUUCAGUUCUGCAGGUCGACCUUCUGGCAUAGCAAGAAAAAUAUCCCCAAGACGAGGAUCCAUUGGUGGAUCAGCUAUAGGAAUACAACCAAGGUUUGGUAAUGAUGGUGAUGACUUUGAUAGAGACGAUUUCAAUGGGGACUUCAAUGAUGACUUCAAUGGGGAUUUCAAUGAUGACUUUAAUAGGGGAAUACUUGGGGCGUCAGUAAAUCGGAAUAGUGGAAUACUUGGGGCAUCUGGAAAUAGAAAUAGUGGAAUUCUUGGUGCAUCUGGAAAUAGAAAUGGCGGAAUACUUGGAGCAUCUGUAAAGAGAGCGGGACCGACUUCAACUGGAUCAAUUAGAGGUAGUCUUGGACCUGCUAUUAACAGGGGUGGACAUUCAUCUCAUUCUAAAUCUUCUAACUACCACAGAAGUCCACAUCAGAACAUACACGUAACACAUGUGCAUAGGUAUCAACCUGACUACGAUGAGGAUAACUUUGGCAGUGCACCAGUAUUUAACAGUAGACCAGCGCUCGGUGGUGGAUAUGCUGGAUACGCUACACAGUACCCCCAAUAUGGGUCAUAUGGUUAUAGUUCCGGUAACAGCUAUUCCAAUGGAGGUGGAUUUGGAACUGGAAACUUUGGUGGUGGAUCAGGUUUUAGAGGUCGGUUCCGAGGAUCUGGCGGAGGAAGUGGCGGUUCUGGUGGUUCAGGUACCGGUGGUGGAGACAGUGAUGAUUUUGAUUUCGAUGAUGACGAAAAUGGAUCGAGCGGUGGUUCUGGCAGCGGAGGUGGAUUCGGCAGUGGAUUUAAUAGUCUCGGUGGAAUUGGUGGUGUAGCAGGACGAUUUGUCGGUGGUGGUUUUGGAUCAGUUGGUGGCAUUGGUAGUAUGGGUGGCUCCCAAGGCCGCUACUACGGAUAUGGAGUAUAUCCUAACAGUAGAAAUAUUAACCACAAUACUAACUAUAAGAAUAGUUACGGAAAGUCAUACUAAUGGAUUAAAUGACCUGUGGACAUAUUGACUGGACACAGAGGUCAUAUUGGUCAUUAUGAAGUUUGACAUGUCAUAUUUACGAUGGUUAAAGUGUGACUACAUGCAAUAAACUGAUGGAUUUGCGAGAAUCAAAGGGAGGUUACUGUCUUCAAUCCGGUUUAUAACUUGUUAGAUCUCGAAACUAAUUAGCUUUAAUAAAUUUAUUUAAAUGGU